UUGCAGUCACAUUGACAUAACAAUUCAUAUCACAGUAGCACACGUCUGGUUCAGAAAGUGGGAGAGUAAGAACGAUAAAAAGAUAGAGCCGGAGAGAGAGAGAGAGAGAGAGAGAGAGAGGUAGCUAAUGACAGUGGGACAGACAUUGAUAGUGGCGUCUGAGAGGAAAAAUGGAAAGUAAUAUAGAAGAAAAUCAAACGAACCUGGAAGAAUGUAACUCAGCUCUACGCAGUGAGAAAAGAGAAACCAAUCUCGCUGAUUCACGUGGUGGAGGGAACAGCAUCAGUGAUUCACGUGGUGGAAGGUACAGCCUCAGUAAUUCACGUGAUGAAAGGUACAGCCUCAGUGAUUCACGUGGUGGAAGGUACAGCCUCAGUAAUUCACGUGAUGAAAGGUACAGCCUCAGUGAUUCACGUGGUGGAAGGUACAGCCUCAGUAAUUCACGUGAUGAAAAAUACAGCCUCAGUGAUUCACGUGAUGGAACGUACACCAAACACAAAACAGCCUCGCAUACAGGAAGAAAAUCCUCAGUGAAAUCUAAAGUUCAACGCCAUCUUUCGUUAACACUCAGUCCUCCGGAACUUGAAGUAGAAAUUCCAAGAGAUGGAAGCCUCUUAUCUUUUGCAACAAAAGACAUUGUAACAAUACUGAUUUGUCUAAAUAUAGAUCCUGAGGUCAUAGACCGCGUUAAUAAGAUGCAUCUCAAUGGUAAAAAAUUAUCUGCUUUGUCAAAUGACGAUCUGAAAGAGUUAGGCAUAAAUAAUCCCAUCGUAAAAUAUUUCCGGGACAGAACUAAAGUGAAAUCAAAAUCUCAUUUCAUGUUAUAACGAGAAAAUUGAAAGUCAAGCCAGAACAGAGCUAGUUGACUAAAUAGGGAAACAGAAUACCAUUUUCCGAAUACUAAUAAGAGAAUGCCGGACAGAGAUUUCCCUAAUUCAUAUUCGGUGAUGAUGUGCAUGCUUGACAAAAUUACUUAACUCUUGUUGUUUUCUAACCCACUUUGCUGGAGAUCUUGUAUUCUGAAAUGGUUCAACUCUUUGCUGUAAGCAACGAGUGGUUUGUAUAAUAUACAAAUGUUUCGUUAAUUAAUAGUAACAAAUGCAAGUCCUUCUAUAAGCAAAAUCCCCUAUAGACCAACGUUCCAUCAGUGGUAAAGGGAUAAAUCUCAUGCGUUUAGUUAUAAAGAUUGGGAUAACUCCAGUUCUCGGCAGCAUUUAUCACUGAUGUAAGGAAAAAGUAAAAGCGCUGGAUAAUUUCUGUUUGAAUACCGACGAUUUGUGUAUUUGUAUAUUCAUGUUAAUUAAAAAUGCUUUUAUUAAACGAAAGAGAAAUCACAACGAAGGCUUGUAAUAUUUGUCAAAUUAUAAAGUCUCAUCAAUAAAAUGCUAUUAACCCCAACAUAUCUGGAUUAAUCAAAAACAGAAAAAAAAUUGCUAUUUCAUCAUUCAGCUUUCUGUUGAGAUUUCACUCUGGACAGAACAUCAGGAUGAUGAAGUUUAUAAUCAGAUCCAAAGUCACUAUACAGGCAUACGUCAACUUGCGUCGGUAAUUAUUUCGAAGAGAUACGACAUUACUAGAAAAAUGAUUAUAACACGAAAGAUUAAAAGUUUCACUUUUUUUUAGUUUACAUCUGUUUUAAUAAAUGGUUUGUACAUAUUUUCAUUCACAUUUUGAUUUUCCACUCCAGUAUUGGUUUUUAGGUGUUUGUUUAAUUUCUAUCCUUUUAUAUAUAUAUUCGCAAAAACCGACGUAAAUUCGGAUAAAUCGAAUGAAGUUGAGAUUAUUUUUCGCCAUUAAUUUCUUUAAGAAAAAGAAACAUGUAAGGUCGAAAAAGUUGUAACUCAGAACGAUGUGAGUUGAAGUAUAUCUGUAUUUCGAUUGCUUUGCGCUUAUCCCCUUUUUAAUCAGAGUUUUAUUUUUUUACUAAAAAAUCCGACACAGGAGUAUUAAAUUCAUUAAAAUUAA